AUGUUCACAAACACACAACGACUGCUGUCAGCCUUUGCGGCGACGGCUCUCUUGUUCGCAACCUCAUCAUCAGCCGCGGCCGUCCAACCCCGGCAAGGUCCAGGUCCGGUCAACGACUGGAUCUCCGUUGACUCAAAUGGCAAUGCCCGAACCAUCUCACCAUCAGUCGUCACUAGCAAUGGCGCACGCACAACAAUCAGCCCGCCCCCAUACUCAUUAACAGGCUCAGUCUACACCGUCACGGCCACCACCGGUGGACUCACAACCAGCACAGGCGUACCGCCGCCGCCGCAAGCAAGCAAUACCCAGGGGUUUGGAGGAGUUUUCGCCGUGUGCAACAACAGGGUCGGCCAGGAUGGGCCGUUUUGUCAACCUCGACGGGGUAGCACUCUACACGUGGAGUCGACGUACUACAUCACUUGGGAUACGACAUUCUUCGCAGACCCCGCUACGCCCAUUGGCAUCGUCGGCUUCGAUGUAGACAACGGCAUCACCGACAACGCACCCGCAUUCUCCGUAACAAACCUCAGCGGCGGCGAUGGCUGGGUUCCUUGGACCCCCCACCUCACCGACCUCGAAAGCAAGACCUCCAACAACAUGACCAUCAUCCUCAUGUACAACGACCCGGACACGGGCGAAGAGAAAAACCUCACAGGUCCCGUAUUCACCCUGAGAAUGGCAAUGGACACCGACGCACCCAACUCGAGACCGAACCUUCUGGCCAUCCUAUUACCCGUCAUCCUCAUCUCGCUCGCCAUCGCCGCCUUCAUGGUAUGGCUGUACAUCAGGCGCCGCCGCCGUCACGCGGCCGUCGCUGCCGCGGUGGAACGCCAGAACGCGGCGCAUCCCACGGGACAGCCGCGGAGCAUGCAUGGGCAGAAGGGCAGCGCGGAUAUCCAGCUUGAGCCGACGAGUCCGCCGCCGGGUUCUACGCCGGGGAGAAAUGUGUUCCAGGAGGAAGUCCGCAGACAGGAGCGGGAGAGGGCGUAA